GAGGCUGAGUAAUGAAAGAACUGAGAUUUCCUUUGCUUCAUUUUUUUUUACAGCGAGGUCAUGCCAUGAAAAGCUGAAGCGAAGGCAGAAGAGGGCCCUCGUUUUCAAAUCGUUUUGGGAUUAUAAUGGCACUAAGAUUGGCUCCCAUGCACGAGUUAAUGCUAUUUACAAAGAGUUCUGCACUACCCACACAUGGCAACUCUCCUUUCUAUAUAAACCUUUCAAAUUAACAAUUCUUUGUCAUACCAAUCUUUUUAAAAGAUCAUACAGAGAGAGAGAGAGAGAGAGAGAGAGAGAGAGAGAGAGAGAAAUAGAUGGAAAAUAAACAAGUGAAGCCACUGAUCAAGAAAGGUUUAUGGAAACCGGAGGAGGACUUGAUCCUCAAGACUUACGUAGAGGCUCAUGGAGAAGGCAACUGGACUACUGUGUCUGAAAAAUCAGGUUUGAUGAGGGGUGGGAAGAGUUGCAGACUGAGAUGGAAGAAUUACUUAAGACCCAAUAUUAAACGAGGUGGUAUGACUCAAGAGGAAGAAGACCUUAUCAUUAGGAUGCAUAAGCUUCUUGGCAAUCGAUGGUCACUUAUUGCCGGCCGACUGCCUGGUCGAACGGAUAAUGAGGUGAAAAACUAUUGGAAUACCCAUUUGAACAAGAGAUGCCGCACUGGCAAAAGAAGAACCGCUGAUCCCAGCAACCACCAGAAUGGCAACGAUGACAAGUACAAGAACAAGAGCCAACGAGAUUCUCAGACCACUUGCAGCACUAGUCAAAAAAGCAACCCAGAAGAAUCGGAUGGAAAGAAAGAACAGAAAGAAGAGAAUACUGUUACCGAUACCUGGAUGCAGGAUGCACAGAGCAUGAACUAUUACAUUGAAUCUCCAAUGGUGCCACCAUGCAGUGAUGCAUUUUUGUUCAACGAGAAGCCUUUCAUUGCUCACUGUGAUUCCCUUGUUUUGUUUGAAUCAUUCGGCUAUAAUGGUGAGGAGAUGUAUUCACAGGUGGACCUGCAAUCAUUCAUGCUAUAGUUUCUGAUAUUCUCACACAUUACCUUCCUCCAUGUCCCGUAGUCAGAGUGAGUUUUCCAAGGCUUCCGUGCAAAAAAUGUUGUGUCCAGCCUGCACUGUUGAGGAUUGUAUUAUGAUAAAACUACUAGUGCCGUAUGUACUAAACAGGAAAAGAAUGUGCAAUAGCUAUCAUCAUGCUUCUUUCCCCGUCUCUCUUCACAAAAAGAAUUAGAUUGCUUAAUUAGUAAAAAAACAACGCAGAUUGAAGUUGAAAA